CACUUUUAUCUUUUUCUGAAUCGUGGGGCAAACUAUCUUCACUUCAUCAUCAUCUCCUUCUCAAACAAGAACAGCUGCCACAGAGAAAGAGAAACCAGCUAGAGAUGGCUGAAGAAGGGAUCUCAACAAUGAAACCAAUCUUGCUCUACCUUCUCAUCCUUUCCAUGUUGGGUUGUGUUACUGGAGCAAGAUCGAUCGAUGAUACAGGAUCCACUAAUCAUCAUCAACACCAACAUGAUCACAUGGCGGCGAGCAAUAAUAAUCCAAAUGUAAUGGUGUUCUUCACCUUGGCAGAUCUCAAACAAGGUGCAAAGAUGCCGAUAUAUUUUCCAAUCAAGAACCCAUCAACCUCUCCACGUUUCCUCCCUAGAGAAGAAGCCGACUCCAUCCCCUUCUCAUCUCAACAACUCCCCUACCUUCUCAAAUUCUUCUCGUACCUUCCAGGCUCCCAUCAAGCCACGGCCAUGGAGCAAACCCUAACCCACUGCCAAGGCGAUCCGAUCAAAGGGGAGGUUAAGUUCUGCGCCACUUCGCUCGAGUCCAUGCUCGAUUUCGUUCGAGAGACGUUGCAAGGUGAAGGUGAAGGUGGUAUCAGGGUUGUGAGCACGACCCACCUGAACAGGAGUUCGGGGGUCGUGCUCCAGAACUACACCGUUUUGGGUGAGCCCAGGGAGGUUGAGGCUCCGAAGCUGGUGUCGUGUCACACCAUGCCUUACCCUUACGCUAUUUUCUAUUGCCACAGCCAGGCGACCGAGAAUAAGGUGUUCUUGGUCGACCUGGAAGGGGUUGAGAAGAAGGGGGAUAGGGUUGAAGCUGUGGCUGUCUGCCACAUGGAUACUUCCCAGUGGGGGCGUGGACACGUGUCGUUUCAGGUGCUUGGGGUUGAACCGGGUUUCUCUGGUGUGUGUCAUUUCUUCCCCGAGGAUAAUCUGGUUUAUGUUCCGGUUCCGACCCAUGCGGCGGCCUGAUUAGCAUUUGGUAUUACCGUGAAGUGCAUGAGUGUGAUGGUGUACUGUAUUCCCCUCUUCUUCCCUUGGCUUUUGUUUAGGUUUUCUUGUGUGUUUCACUCUUGGUUUGGUUUGGUUAGAGAAUGAUGUGGUAACCAAGCAAAUAAAAGUCAAAACCAUUGAGUGGCGAGCUCUUUUCUUGUGCUUAAUUAUUAUUGCAAAAUAUGAUCAAUCGUAUGAGCUUGUAAAUUAAACGAAUAAAAUUAUUGACAUCAAUUGGUUUGUG